GGAGCUUUUUCUCCCUUUUUGUUUUCUUUUCCCUCUGUCUUUUAGGAGCCUUAGUUUGGAGGUGGGAGGGUUGGGGUUUGCUCCCUGCAGCUCUUGGAUGUAGUGCCAGGAUCUCCUACGCUUCCCAGUGCUGCCACGCAGGUAAGGGCACAGCCUCUGCUGUCCCAUCCUGGGCUGGGGCUGCUGCUGGGAGAUGGGCUCUGCUCUGAGGCUGCUGCAGCCUGGAGCCCCCCAGCACAGCCCUUGUCCCACAUGAUGUCCCAGAUGAAGGAUCAUGGCAUCGCGUAGCUCCGUGGUGGCCCUGGGGCUCAGUUCCCAGCCCAGCUGCAGCACCCCGCUGUCUGCGCAAAGAAAUUCCUUCCCUGGGCUGCACCUCCCGUCGCAGAGCCUCUUGCUCGGCCAGGACAGCUUCUUCAAGAGCUCCCAUGGGAGUUUCUGUGAUACGAGUGAUGCCGUGGGUUCAGAGCUGUUCGACUGCAGCUACUCCAUUCCUGACCCGCAGCUGAUCCGCAGGAUUGUGUCCCAGGUGGAGUUCUACCUCUCUGAUGAGAACCUGGCCAAGGACGCCUUCCUCCUCAAGCACGUCCAGAAGAACAAGUUGGGCUUUGUCAGCAUCAAGCUGCUGACGUCCUUCAAGAAGGUGAAGUACCUCACCCGUGACUGGCGCCUCACGCUCUACGCCCUGCGCUUCUCCAAGCUGCUGGAGGUCAACCAGGAGGGCACCAAAGUGCGGCGUCGCGUCCCCAUCCCCGACUCAAUCCUCAACAUCCCCCCCACCAAACUGCUGCUGGCCUGGGACCCGCUGCCCCUGGAGCCGGGCACGCCGCUGCCGCUCCAGAAGAACUUCAUUGAGACCAUCACGCAGAUGUUCAGCCCCUUCGGAGCCAUCGCCUCCAUCCGCAUCCUCCGGCCGGGCCGAAAGCUGCCAUCCGAUGUGAGGAAAUACGCAACGCGUUUCCCUGAGCUGCUGAGCCACCGCUGUGCGCUGGUGGAGUACGAGAGUCUGGAGAGCGCGCGCAGGGCCUGCGAGGAGCUGGGCCAGCCCUGCUCCCACAGCAUCUGCGUGGUGCAGCUCUCGGGGAAGGGAUCCAAGCGGAGGAGCGGGGCUGAGGGGGAGGAGCUGGUGGAGAUGCUGGGAUGGAAGGAGCGAGCCGAAGCCUUCCAUUUUGGCGUCGGGGAUUCGCUGUUCUGCAGCUCCCCGGGGUCGGAUGUGACCUCACCGCAGCUCUUCUUGGCUCCCACUUGGCCCCAUGGCCACGACUUCCAGCCCGGCUCCUUCAGCAGUGCCUUCCCUGGGUCCCUCCUGAGCAGCACAGCCUUCCCUCCGCUCACUGCAGAGCUGGGAUUCAGCCUCGGCGCCAGCCCCAAGAGCCCCGAUUUGGGCUGGGGGAGCACGUGGGCCCCGUGGCACAGCAGCGCUCCCCACAGCCCCUCUCUGGAUGCCGCAUCCCCUCCCAGAACCCCCCUGGCUGUGAAGCCCAAGUCCUGCGUGCUGCGCCUGCCCCACGGGCCUGAUGGCACCAGAGGCUUCUACAACAGCAUUGGGAGAGGGAAGCUCGUCCUCGAGCACUAAGGCUCCUUUACGUUUGGGUUAUGGGAUUUUUUUUUUUUAUUACUUUUAUUUUUCCUUCUUUUCUUGAGCAGAACAUCUCUUUGUGGCCCAUUGAGGCACUGCCGCUGCGCGUGGUUCUGUUUUGGAGUGAGGAUGCUCAGGGCAGGGCAGCACCCAAAGCUUUUCGAUGCCUGAGCCGUCCUCACUGCCUGUAUUGGGGUCUGUGCUCAGCUGAUGGGCACCGGUUGUGUCCCAUCCCUUCCCCAUGCCCUGGGGCUGCUGAUGGGACACCAAGAGCUUGAGCGUAGCGGAAUGGUGGCACCAUGGCCUGAAGGUGCUGUGUUGGCUGCAUUGGUAUGAAGUUGAGGAGCUCAGAUGUGGAAUGCUCAAUAAAGAGAGGUGAAGUUUCCAGGCACUUUCUGGCUGUGAAAGUGAUGUUAUUUUUUUCCCUCCGGUAUUGUGGCUUUAUGUAGGGCAGAGGAGGGCAGUGGAGGUACUGCCCCACCAGCAG